AUGUCAUACUCGUGGUAUAACGAAACUGCUAUCGCAAGAAAGACACGUCAGGCAUCUACAGACAAUGACUUCACCAUCUUGCAAACUAUACUAAUUGCAUUGGGGGCUCUGCUUGUUUUUGGAAUCCUGGAUAAUAUCACUCCGAUCUGGAAAGCACUAGGUCUCGAAUCAAACUCUGAGUAUUUCCAACCUCUAGAAACUGAGGAAUAUAUCAUUAUUGAGGAUGAUCAAAAGGGUACAGAUGAAAGCCAACGGCCGCUGAUGACCCCGGCUGAACCCAGAAGAAAUUCCAGGGGAAGAGGCAGAAAGCAGGUCCAGGAUGAAGACUCUCUAACGACUCCAACCACUCUGAGAAGAAGCAGCAGGGUCAGAGAAAGAGAGGCCAAAAAUGGACUUCUUACACCUGUACCGACGCCAACAGCACCAGCGAGAAGUGCUAGGGCCAAGAGUAAAGGCAAGAGAAAGAAUAUCCUAACUGAGUCGUUUGAUGACUUUUACGAGCCGGUUCCAACUCCUACUGGACAGAAAAAAAUCAUCAAAGGCAGAGAGAAGCAGAUCGUACUUGAUGAAUAUGAAGCUUUCAUGAAUGAGCCUGAAGAAAAGAAGAGCAAGAAGUCAUCAGAAGUUGACUUUGACUAUGAGGGAUACUCCACCCCUUGA